AUGGUGUCAGAAGUAACUGUGCCGAAAAUGCCCCCUUGUACUCGUGGAAGGAGAGGAUUUGGUGGGUGUUGUGGCGUCAUUUUUGUGAUCUUACUGUUUAUCUCUUCGCCCUGUCUUCGUGGUGAACUGAAUAUGCCAAAUCCGAGUGAAGGAGAAAGUCCUACUACUCCCCAAAAUUUGACGGGUGCUGAACCCGCUGUGAUCACUGUGCCUGUAAAUAUACCUCUGCCGAGAAAGCUAGACUUAAGCGGUGGAAAUCUGGCGGUGAAGUGGCAACGCCUUAGCCGAGCGUGGUCGAACUAUGACAUCGCUGCUCAACUCAAAGACCCGGAAAAUCAGGACAGGAACAAGGAACGAAGGACCGCAACUUUGGUCACCUGCAUAGUCCCAGAUGCGUUGGAUGUUAUCGAUGCAAUGGACUUCAACACUAAAGACCAAAGAAAGGAUCCAGAGAUCAUUCUCACAAAGAUGGAGAAAUAUUGAAUUGGGGAAUGCAAUGAGACUUACGAGAGGUAUGUUUUCAACCGUAGGGACCAGGACACAAACGAAUCAGUUGAUGCCUAUGUCACAGCAUUGAGGAAGCCUGCCUAGACUUGUAAUUAUGGGUCGCUCACAGACUCACUUACUCGUGAUAGAAUGGUGGUUGGAAUUAGUAAUAAUCCUGUUCGCAAGAAACUCCUUCAGACAAGUAAACUGAACAUAAGUCAAUGUAUACAUAUGUGCAGAUCCUCGGAGACUUCAGCGAGACAGCUUAAAGAUAUAAAUCAGGAAGACGUUCGCUGUGUGAAGGAGGAGAAAAAGUCUCCGGCUGGGAGAAACAAGACUGGUCCACCAGCCAAGCCCAUCAGUGAGUCAUCAGGUCAACGAAUGGUUUGCAAGUCUUGUGCAAGACAACACCCUUUUGCUAAAAAAACUGUCCUGCAUGAGCAAACUCAUGCAAGAACUGUGGUUAGCCUAAUCAAAUUGCUGUUUGCUGCCAAUAGUCAAAGAAAAAAGUCUUAUCUAAGGAGUGAAUCUGAAGAUGAAGAGUAUGUAGCAGUGAUUGCAGUUGAGGAACAGCUCAAUACUGUAGCCUCAGCUGGCAACCCUAACUGA